UCUGCUUCUUUCUGUCUCUCUCUUACACUUUACCUCUGUUUUCUCUGUUCUCUGCUGAAUCGGAGCUUUGAUUCUAGUUUCCCGGCGACAUUUGCAGAGACGGAGGAAAGACGGUUCGUUGCAAGACCAUUCAUUUGCUUCUUCUAGUGAUUCUCUUUCAAACAAACUUAAUUUCAUCUCUGCUGUAUCUUUUGAUCUCUUUUUACGGGAUUCCGUCUUGAGAGCUGUCUCUUCGCUUUACUGUUGUUGUAUCUUGUAGCCGUAAAGUGAAAGAUCACUUUUUGUUGUUCAAACUUUUUUUUUCCUUCAAUUCUCUGUUGAAGAAAGAAGGUUCUGGUUUGAAAAUUUUUUCUUCCAAAAAAGGAACAAGAAUUUGCUUGUGGUUGGAUUGAUUCCUGAAGUGGAACGAAAGGUGUCUGGGCGAUCUCGACUAUUGACGGAUCAUUUAUUUUUAGGGUUCCUGGGGAGAUUUUCUGUGAAGAAGUUGGAUUAGAAGAAAGAAGAUAGUUGAUUCUUUCAUUUGCCUCGGUGCUAUUUUUUUCAGAUCAAGAUUCACUCAGGAAGGAUGAUCCUUGGCUCUGUUCUCCCUGAGAAGAUGAAUUGGAUAAUGGGAAACGGGUUAUUCUGCUAUGGAUCUUUGGUGAACCUGUUCUUGUAGGUGAAUAAGUUCGAUUCGAGUUCCUCUGCCAAACUCCGAAGUUGUAGAGAAAUUGGGGUUGUAGGGACGGGAGGGUCUCAAUGUCAGUGUGAAAAGAAAUUUAAUUUAUGUAUUUUUUGGAGGCUCUCAGCUUGCUUUGCGCCUCCAAUUUUGCCGCCUAGAAGCCAUUGAAGAAGGUUAUAGAAGUUGAAGUCUCAGAGAUCUUUCGGGGCUCCUGUUUAAGCGCACUAGAUCUGUGUCUGUGGAGCGAAAAGGAAGUUUUUGAGUACUCAAGUAGCUAAAGAGCUCUUUAACUAUGGCCGUCCAGGAUGGUAAUGGAGAAACAUGUACACGUGCUGGUAACAUCAGUGGCAAUCCUGUUUGCGUGGAUGUUGGCACUCAAUUUGGAACUGGAGUCCAACUAAAGGAGAUGUAUCCCUCUGCAGAUGAAUUUGCACCCAAGGCGAGAAAACCUUACACAAUCACAAAACAACGAGAAAGAUGGACAGAGGAAGAACAUAAGAAGUUCCUGGAAGCUUUAAAGUUGUAUGGUCGUGCUUGGCGUCGGAUAGAAGAACAUGUGGGUACGAAGACUGCUGUUCAGAUUCGAAGCCAUGCUCAGAAGUUUUUCUCCAAGGUGGUACGGGAGUCAAGUGGCAAUAAUGCAGUCUCUGUGAAACCAAUUGAGAUUCCUCCUCCCCGGCCAAAACGGAAACCCAUGCAUCCUUAUCCUCGUAAACUAGUUGCUUCAGUCAAGAAGGGGAACUCAGUCCCAGAGCAACAAGAAAGGUCUCCAUCACCAAAUUUAUCAGUUACAGAACGAGUAAAUCAAUCUCCGAUGUCAGUUUUAUCUGCAGUUGGCUCAGAUACGACAGGGUCAUCGUCAUCAAAUUCACCGGAUGGUUGUGCUUCAUCAGUUUCAUCAGCUGCUGGCUCUAACACUAUCAAUUAUUUAUUCACUGAUCAAUGGAAUGGACACAUGCCGUCCACUUCAUUGGCGGAAGAUGAAAAUGGAUCUCCUUCAUCUGUCCUGGCGAAUGCUGCUCCAAUUCCACACGACCAAUCUUCCAUGGACCUUAAGAAAGUUGAUUUGGGAUCAAAAGAAAGUACUAAAGAAGAUACAACCUCAGAGGCACCCACGGUGUGUCUUAAGCUGUUUGGAAGGACAGUAUUAGUUUCGGACUCCCGCGGGCCAUGUUCUUCCAAUGUUGAAACUCGCAAAUCAUUGCCAUCUGAAAACUGUCAGGAGAAUCUUGACAGCAAUGAGGGAAAGCCCUUGCAGACUUCACAGUUGAAUGCAAUGCAGACAGAACUGUCCUUGGAGGAGGAGAACAAAAACCCUUGGACUCCUUGGGCCUCUGGAACUCUGCCAUUGUUCUACCCAGUAGACGCCGCCCCUGCUGCUGCUGUACUACCUUGUUGGGCAUUGUAUGGAGGUGUACCAUUCCCUUUUCUUCCUCCACAGAAUCCAAACUCAACUCAUACACCUCCAGAUUCCUGUGUAGAGGGAAUCUCAGAAGACAAAGAUAUUCACAAAGAAGGAUCUUGGACUGGUUCAAACACUGCAUCUGUGAAUGAUGUCGGCUUAGGGGACAGGAAUGGGGAUGUUGUUGAUUCUCAAAGUAGAGAACUUGAUUGUGACAAGGAGGAGAAAGAGCCAGGCUUGUUUUUCCGAUUGAGACCGAGUGAAACAUCAGCCUUCUCCCAGCCAAAAGCUAGCCCCUCUAAGUGCACAAAAGGGUUUGUGCCAUAUAAAAGAUGUAUAGCAGAAAGAGAUCCCUGCUCGGCAGUGACAAUUGGGGAAGAAAGGGAGGGACAAAAAAUCCGGCUAUGUUUGUAGCCAUCCAGUUGGGUGAUCUUCCCGUGCCCCAUAUCUUCCAUUGUUUUGCAGAAAUGUUUGGUUUUUUAACAGUUUGGGAGCUGAUUCGGGCAUCGGUGUUAAUAUGGACCAAGAUGGUUUCAGUGGUUUGAUAAAGUGAAGAAAUGAGAUGGAUGGGAGGUUGCCAAGGAACCUUCUCUGCAUCCUUGUAAAAUCGCAGUUCUUUUAUUUUUGUUCCCUUUAACUGUUUUAGAAGUAUAACUUCCCUUCCAUAGGGUCCUUUGCUCUA